AAAUAAUUGAUUUUUUAAAACAAUAAAAUAGACAAAUAAAUUUCGCUUUCAAAAAAUUUAUUACAAAAAAAAAAAAAAAAUAAGAUAAAAUAAUCACAGUCUGUAGAAAAGAGUAAAAAGAGUAUUCAUCAGAAGCCUAGCACGAGGUAUUUUCUUCAGAAGUUCGGCAUGAUGGAGAAAGAAGAGACGCCGGAGCCAAACAUGGACCAGGACGAGCAGGAAGAAUACCAGAAACCGAGGGCCUCAUCGAAGGAUAGCAUAGGGUCCCUUUUGUCUGAGGGAUACUUAAGCCGUUUAAAACUCCAGGAACGGCUGAUGUGUCCCCUACCGGGACCAGUACGCAAACGUAAACGUAAUGUGCUACCUUUCCAUUUACCUCACAACAAAUUAGCUUUGGAUCGAUUGGAUCAGAAACGCGAAGACUGUGAACCACUGACAGGCCUUAAACAAAGGCAGGACGAUUUUUACAAGAAAAAACUCAAAUUACCGCCGAUUCAAUUAACGGAUUCGGUAAAGCAAGAAAGGCGAACACGUUCUAUCGCAGCAAGUAUAUCAACCGGAGUGACAUUUUUCGAUAACAUUGAAGAGAAAAAGAAAAAGCCUUCAGCGAGUGAUAAACUAGCUCAAGUGGCCGAUCAAAUGGAAUGGAUUAGAAAAAUGAGGCAUGCUAGGGAUGGAUCAUUCAUUUAUUUCACAUAUGCCGUGCCUAAAAGUUCCGAGCAUUUCAACCCUUAUAUGCUUAAGGUUGUAGGAUACAAGGACGUUGACAAAAACAAUUUUUUCACCAUGAGUGCCGAAGGUGUAAUGCAACACGUUGGCAGCGAGAUAAUAUACACAUCCCUAGACAAAUGGGAAGAAGAAUACAAUAUGUUUCAACGAUUGAUGCAUAUUAAGACUUUUAGGAAUUUUCGAAAAUGGAAGGGUUUCUACAUUUGGCGCAAAAUAAUCAUUUAUCAAAAAUUCACUGUCGCUCAAAAGCAUCUGGCCCAAAACAUGUUUAUUUUGAACCCGCAUUUGAGAAAGGGCCUUUUGGACGUUCAAUGCAUGUGCUUCAGUACGAUGGACGAAAGUUUAGUGGACCUCAGCUCAAAUCAGGACAUUUGGUUGUUUUAUUUUAUUGAAAACCAGAUGGGCAAAUUGAAUCAAAUCAAAGAAAAAAUAAAUAAUUAUCAUAAAAUAACCAAAGAUAUAGCAUUUAAUGCUUGUCACGCAGCUUUGACGGCUAAAGGAUUUGUCGCUGAUGAAAGAAUCGUUGAAGAACAAAGAGAUCAGAAACGUCGUCGACAGCAAAAGGCUUCGUAUAUUGAGCAAGCGAGCAAGAAGAAAUUUUGCGAGCGGCUUUCAGCGUACAUAAUGUUAAUAGACUACAUGACAGUCAACAUGCUUCAUCAAAUAAUAAUAAACUCAAUCGAUAUAUUAAAUGAUCUGUAUGAAUCGCAUACGAAAUAUUUACCGAGCAGAGAACUUUUAGAAUCGAUGGAACUGGAAACAAAAUUGGAAUACGAAAGGAACAUUGAAGAUCCAUCACUGCCUCUUUAUAUCGUUAACGUCAUGUUGGAACCUGAAGAAAUAAAGCUGGAUCCUCCAGUGGAGGUUGCCAAACAGAUGUUCAUACAGCUCAUUGAAUUAUGGGAACAGAAUUGUAAAGAGUUCAGUUUAUUCGUGGCUGAUCCAUUUUAUUCGAUAUUCACUAGUCCGGUGAUAAACGAGAAAGUAGAAGAUCGUAUUUGCGGUUGGGGUCCCACGUUAGAGUUUUUUUUGGAAAAGGACGAAAAACUGGCUGAAGAAAAAGCUAGGUUUUUGAAAUAUUUUGAUACGAACUACGACGCAUCCAAAACUUAUAUUGAACGAUUUGAGCCGAUACGUGAAUUUUAUAUUGAAGAUUUGACAGUUUCAGCGGAUAAUAUUCAAAACGAAACUGUCACAGAAAAUUUCAGAAACAUGUGCGUGAGAUACAAUCACGAAAUUGCUACAAUUGAAAGCAUAGUCAAAACACAACCCCUAGGACUUUUAAAUCUAGUUUUGACUGACUUUAAGGACCAUGCCUUACCAGAGCCGCGCAGAUUACUAGGAAUUACUAGAGAAGUCAUUCCUUGGAUUGGCAGAGUAAAUAUUGGCCUCCUGAUGCAGCAAGCUGAAGAAACUUCUACCUAUUUAGUUCAAGAUCCUCUUUCUACAGUCGAUUACGUGAAAUAUCUUGAGUACAUCGAAGACGCCACCACGCGUGUGGAUAAAAUGGAAGAAACCCUUGAUUAUUGUAAGGAACUCUACGAUAUCACAGAAGAAUUUGAUAUUCCAGUGGCACAGGAAGAAAUGUCUAAUUAUUUGGGGCUCAGCGUUUCUUUGGGCAACUUGAGAAAUCUCGUAGACAAAAAAAUCGAGGAAACAGGAAAAAUUAUUAAAGCAUUCAGUGAUCAAAUGAAUAAGGAUAUUAGUGCACUCAUCUCAGAAGUAGGAGCAAUCAAAGAUGAAUGCAUGCAACCAUGGCUUUAUGACAUUGAUUCCAACAUUGAAGAAGUAACAGAACUUUUAACGGAUUUACACGAUCGAUUACUGGCUUGCCAAGGAAGAGCUGCUGAAUUUAAAAAUUUCCAAAAGCAAUUCAGGCUUGAGGUUUCUAGGUUUGAUAUGCUAGACGAAGUAAUGAGCGAUGUUAAGUUACGCAUGCUCUUGUGGGAAAGUGUGGAUUCUUGGGCUAAAACUGUAGAUGCAUGGUACCAUUGCGAAUUUAGCACGCUUAAUACUGAGGAAAUGAAUCUUUUCACAGCUAAGAAUGUUAAAAAUAUCAAUCAGCUUGAAAAAGGCCUUCCUCCAAAUUUAAUUGUGCCAAAACUUAAGGAUGAAGUCGAGCUGAUGAAAGAUAAACUUCCAGUAAUCACAUAUCUGCGAAAUCAAGCAUUGAAACACCGACAUUGGGUGAAAGUCGAAAAUGUACUCAACCAUAAGUUUAAAGCUGACGAAGUCAUGACGUUGGAGUUAUUGGAAAGUCUCAAUUGUUUCAGCUAUCCACAAGAAUUAUUGGAAAUAUCCGGACAAGCUAGUAGUGAAGCUGGCCUUGAAGCUUUACUCAAAAAAGUCGAAGACUCUUGGAAAACCUUGGAAUUUAUUGUAAUUUCACAUAAAGAAUCCAAAGAUGUGUUUAUUCUUGGCUCUCUUGAAGAUGUCCAAACAGUAUUAGAUGAGAGCAACAUAAACAUAACUACUAUUGCCAGUUCUAGGCACGUCGGUCCAAUCAAACAUCGCGUAGAAGAAUGGCAGAAAAACCUAGAACUAUUUUCUCAUACAUUGGAAGAAUGGAUGACGUGUCAGCAAAGUUGGGUUUAUUUAGAAGUAAUUUUCUCGGCACCUGACAUCCAAAGACAGCUACCAAAUGAAGCAAAAUUAUUCACCGUUGUCGAUAAAUCUUGGAAAGAAAUUAUGCGAAGGACUGCUAGAAAUCCAUUAGCGAUGGAGGCCACAUUACAUCCAGGUCAAUAUGAAGCUUUUCAACGGAACAACGCCCUUUUGGAACAAAUCAUGAAGUGCCUUGAAUCGUACUUGGAAACUAAGCGAGUUUCUUUUCCAAGAUUUUACUUUCUGUCCAAUGAUGAAUUGCUGGAUAUUCUGGCGCAAACGAGAAAUCCUCACGCCGUCCAGCCUCAUUUGAGGAAGUGCUUCGAUGCCAUCUCCAAAUUGGAGUUUGGUAUGAAACCGGUUGAAGAGGAUGAAGCUAAAGAAGCAUCCAAAGAAGGGAAAAAAGAAAAAGCUCCAACCAUGGUUCUGACUACUGAUAUAAUUGCUAUGGUGAGUCCGGAAGGAGAAAGAGUCCAGCUUAGUAAAGGCUUAAAAGCCAGAGGUAACGUUGAAGACUGGUUAGGUAAAGUCGAAGAGUCCAUGUUUAUUAGUUUGAAAAAAUGCAUGAAGGUUUCAAUUGGGCAUUACGUGCAAAGGCCUAGAACGGAAUGGGUGGUUUGUCACCCAAACCAAAUUAUUUUGAUAGUGUCGCAAAUAAUGUGGGCCAAAAACGUCCACGAAAUUUUAGACGCCGAGGGAAAUAAAGCAAAGAAAAUGGAAGAAUAUGCAAAUAAAUGCAUUAAAGACUUGAAUGACUUAGCAGCUCUAAUCCGUACAGACUUAACUUCAGUUACCCGAAAAAUCCUUAUAGCCCUCAUCACAAUUGACGUUCAUGCUAGAGACACCGUAUUCAAUUUGGUGAAAGGAAACGUAACCAACAGCAACAAUUUUGAUUGGUUAAAAGUAUUGCGAUACUAUUGGUUUGAAAAUUUGGACGACUGUGUGGCAAAAAUGUCUAGCGCUUCAUACCUUUAUGGAUACGAGUACCUGGGUGCUGGCGGAGUUUUGGUCAUCACACCGCUGACUGAUAAAUGUUAUUUGUGUCUCAUGGGAGCCUUGCAGUUAGAUUUGGGUGGGGCUCCUGCAGGUCCGGCAGGUACAGGCAAAACUGAAACCACCAAGGACUUAGCAAAGGCUUUAGCAAUCCAGUGUGUCGUCUUUAAUUGUUCUGAAGGACUCGACUAUAAAAUGAUGGGUCGAUUUUUCUCUGGAUUGGCACAGUCCGGAGCCUGGUGCUGCUUCGACGAGUUUAAUCGAAUCGACAUUGAAGUAUUGUCAGUCAUUGCUCAACAAUUGAUUACUAUAAGAAACGCUAAGGCCGCCAAAUUGGCAAGAUUUAUGUUUGAAGGAAGAGAAAUAAAGUUACUACAAAGAUGCGCUGCCUUUAUUACUAUGAAUCCUGGCUACGCUGGAAGAACUGAGCUUCCAGAUAACUUGAAAGCCCUUUUUAGGCCUAUAUCGAUGAUGGUACCUGAUUACGCCCUUAUUGCCGAAGUCAUCCUCUACUCUGAAGGCUUUGAAUCCUCCAAAAAUCUAUCACUAAAAAUGGUGCAAAUGUACAAAUUGUGCAGUGAGCAACUAUCGCAACAAGACCACUACGAUUUUGGGAUGCGAGCAGUGAAAAGUGUUCUGGUGAUGGCUGGAUCAUUGAAACGAGCUAAUCCGGAACGAAACGAGGAUACUGUACUUAUUUGUGCACUUAGGGAUAGUAAUUUACCAAAGUUUCUGUCAGAUGAUGCGGUUUUGUUUCAGGGUAUUCUAGGAGAUCUAUUUCCUGGUACAGAACUGCCCGUGAGCGAUUAUGGUAUAUUUCAAGAAACAAUGAAAGAAGUGAUGGUGGAAAACAACCUCCAACCAGAGCUAUGUAUGAUUUAUAAAGUUAUCCAGUUGCACGAGACCAUGAUAGUGAGAUGGGGAGUGAUGCUGGUAGGACCAACUGGCGGAGGAAAAACUACAAUUUUAAAUACCUUGAACUGGUCCUUAUCAAAAAUGCACGAAAACGGUCAUGAAGGACCUUACUAUCAUCCAGUGCACACCUACAUCAUGAACCCGAAAGCUGUUUCUGCUGGUGAACUGUAUGGAGAGGUCAAUACAUUAACGUUGGAAUGGAAAGAUGGUCUAAUGGGGAUGAUGAUGAGAACCGCUGUACAGUUUACCACUGAAGACCAUCAGUGGAUCAUAUGUGAUGGCCCUGUAGAUGCUGUCUGGAUUGAGAAUUUAAAUACUGUCCUCGAUGAUAAUAAAAUGUUGUGCCUGGCCAAUUCAGAAAGGAUUAAGCUAACUCCUUACGUGCAUAUGGUGUUUGAGGUUCAAGAUCUGGCUCAAGCUUCACCGGCAACUGUUAGCAGGUGCGGAAUGGUUUACGUAGACUCGGAAGAAAUCAAGUGGAUGCCCUACGUGCAAUCGUGGGUUAAUAAAGUCAAGAAUAAUUUAUUAACUGAUGAAUUGAAAGCAUUUGUGUUGGAACUUUUUAGCACCUACGUACAAAGCGGAUUUGAUUUUCUAAAGAAACAUUGUGCAUAUGCAAUACAUCAGGUGGAUGUAUCUAAGGUCACGAUGAUAUGUUCCCUAAUCGAAAGUCAUUUAUCGAUGCCAGGGGCGAUGGAUAAAGUUGGCGAAAAAGCAAAAGUCCGAAGCUUUAUUUGUCAAAUUUUCAUUUGGUCUUACUUGUGGGGUCUUGGAGGCAAUAUCACCGAAGAGAGUAGAGAAAAGUUUGGCAGCUUUGUCGAUAGUCAGUUCGACGAAUGCAUCGACGCAAGGUUGCCACCUGGCUUAGAUCUGUGGUUUUCUUUCAUGGACGUGCAAACGAAACGACUAACAUCCUGGCAAAAAUCGAUGCCGGAAUUUAUUUACGAUAAAGAAAUUGCAUUUUUUGAUACACUGGUACCUACAUUGGAUACUGUAAGGUUCGGAUAUGUUAUGGAGAGGCUAAUUUACAUCGAGCGUGCUGUGUUAAUAACUGGAGAUACUGGCGUUGGCAAAUCUGUGGUGGCAAGGGACGUAUUAAAUCGACUUGGCGGAACGGAAUGUUUCGUCCCGGCUUCAAUGAACUUUUCUGCACAAACUAGCAGUAUGCGCACCCAAGAAAUAAUUGAACUUAAAUUGGAGAGAAAGAAAAAAACUUUACUUGGAGCACCUAUGGGCAAAAAAGUGAUUAUUUUUGUUGAUGAUGUUAACAUGCCCAAAUUGGAGACUUAUGGAGCUCAACCACCUAUAGAGUUGAUUAGGCAAUUAUUGGACUAUGGAGGGUUGUACGACAGGGAAAAACUUUUUUGGAAAGAUAUACGUGAUGUUAUAUUAACAACAGCCUGCGCUCCACCUGGUGGUGGUAGAAAUCCAUUAACUCCUAGAUUUGUCAGGCACUUCGGCAUGCUCCUGCUACCUCAACCCAAUGAAAUGGCUUUGAAGGCUAUUUUUAAAACUAUUCUCAAAGGUUUCCUCAAUGAUUUCUCUAAUGAAUGUCGCGAUUUAGGAGAUUAUAUGGUUAACGCAGCAGUGGAAGUUUACGAUCGUAUAGCCACAGACCUAUUACCCACCCCAUCAAAGUCUCAUUACGUUUUUAACUUAAGAGAUCUAUCAAAAUGUAUCCAAGGGAUUACGCAAGCCGAUUCUGGCACUAUGAGAAUGGAAAUUGAUAUGAUGCGCCUGUUUUAUCAUGAAUGUUUGAGAGUGUUUCAUGACAGGUUGAUUAAUGUAGAAGACAAGUCAUACUUCUAUUUUCUAAUGAAAGAAAUUUGUGGACGUAAUUUGGGAAAUCCUGUUUUGCAGUUGCCAGACACGCCACUGCUUUUGGAUCCUCCAAUUUUGUUGUUUGGUGACUUUAUGCAGUUUGGAGCUGAUAAGGCGGAUCGCAUCUACGAAGAGCUGAAAAAUAUCGAUAAAGUGAAGAGUUUAUUACAGGAUUAUUUGGAGGAUUUCAAUCUGGUCUAUAACAAAGACAUGCAAGUAAUAUUUUUCAUGAUGGCAGUCGAACAUUGCGUAAGGAUCGCGAGAAUUUUGAGGUCUGAAAGAGGCAACGCUCUCCUAGUAGGCGUCGGAGGUAUGGGCAAGCAAAGUUUAACAAAAUUGGCAUCCCAUCUCAACGGAUACAAAUGUUUCCAAAUUGAACUUGUCAGAAACUACAACCACGAUGCGUUUUUCGAGGAUUUACGUAAAUUUUAUUGGCACGCGGGUGUGGAAAAUAAGGACUCCGUUUUCUUGUUCACCGAUACUCAAAUUGUUCACGAGGAAUUUUUAGAGGAUAUCAAUAACAUUUUAAAUUCAGGUGAUGUACCAAAUCUAUUUGAAGCCGAAGAAUUCGAGCAAGUUAUUAUUGGAUGUCGCGAGGCUGCUAUCAAAGCCGGACAUCCUGAAGGACGUGAUCAUAUCUACGAAUAUUUCGUGAGCAGAGUGAGAAGCAAUUUGCAUUUGGUCUUGUGCAUGAGUCCAGUGGGUGACGCAUUUCGGCGACGUUGUCGUAUGUUUCCUUCACUCGUUAAUUGCUGCACCAUAGAUUGGUUUGAGAAGUGGCCACAAGAAGCGCUACUAUCUGUAGCUCAAUCCAGCUUAAAAGAAUUAGGCUCAGAGGAGCUAUCGGAUAGCUUAGCUACGGUUUGUGUCACUAUACAUGAGAGUGUUGAAAUUAUGACUGAUAGAUUUUAUCGCGAAAUGAAACGGUAUUACUAUACUACACCCAGUAGCUAUCUGGAGCUGAUAAAACUAUAUAAAAUCAUGCUGAAAGAUAGAAAAGAUAAAAUUGUAAAAACAAGAGACCGAAUUGCUAAUGGUUUGCAAAAACUAUAUGAAACUAAUGAAGUAAUUGAUUCGAUGAAAGAGACUUUGAUAGCGUUGGAGCCCGAAUUGGCUAAAAAAUCGAAAGCUGUAGCAGAAUUGAUGAAAAAUUUAGCCAAGGAACAAAAACAAGCUGAUAAAGUAAGAGUGACUGUAAAAGGUGACGAAGAAAAUGCAAAGGUUAAAGCUGACGAAACUCAAAUACUAGCAGAUGAUGCUCAAAGGGACUUGGACACUGCCCUUCCUGCUUUAGAAGCAGCCACCAAGGCCCUCGAAGCAUUGAACAAGAAUGACAUUAAUGAAGUUAAAGUGUUUCAGAAACCACCCAAAUUGGUUCAAUUCGUUAUGGAGAGUGUCUGCAUUUUAUUGGGAGCAAAAACUAAUUGGGCAUCUGCGAAGAUAGUCCUGGGUGACACGAACUUCUUAAAAAAGCUGCAAGAAUACGACAAGGACCAUAUCACCGACCAGAUCCUUAAGAAGCUGAAAACAUACGUUGAACAUCCGGAGUUUAUUCCCGAAAGAAUUGUUACUGUAAGCAAGGCUUGCAAGAGCUUGUGCAUGUGGGUUCGAGCAAUAGACAUGUACGCCAAAGUGUAUAAGAUAGUGGAGCCCAAGAGGAAAAAGCUUCAAGCAGCAGAAAAAGAGUUGAAUGCAGUAAUGAGUAUUUUGAGAGAAAAGCAAAAGCAAUUGGCAGAUGUAGAGGCGAUGAUAGCCGCCCUGGAAGCCAAAUUUAAUGCUACUGUGGCAGAAAAGGAAGCUUUGGAAAACAAUAUUGCUUUGACAUCGGCACGAUUGAACAGAGCUGGAAGACUUAAUAUUGCUUUGGGUGAUGAACAACAUCGAUGGGAAGAGAGUGUAAAGAGAAUGGCUGAAGAGUUAAUCAAUUGCAUUGGUGAUGUAUUAAUGGCUGCCGCUUGUGUAGCUUACCAAGGAGCUUUCACCGCAAACUAUCGUCAAGAGUUGACAAGUAUAUGGGAGGAAAAGUGUCAAGAACAAAAUAUACCAUCAAGUGAGGGUUUCAAUUUAUUAAAUGUACUGGCAGAUCCAUAUGACAUAAGAACUUGGAAUGCUUGCGGUUUACCUCGGGACAACGUGUCUACAGAAAAUGCAAUCAUGGUAACUAAAGCAGGACGAUGGCCCCUUAUGAUUGACCCUCAGGAACAAGCGAACAGAUGGGUUCGGCAAAUGGAAGUCGACAAUAAUUUGAAGGUUAUCAAGCUGACAGAUUCCAAUUUUAUGCGUUUCCUGGAAAACGGUAUCAGGAUCGGUACGCCUGUGUUGCUUGAAGAAGUUGGAGAGUCCUUGGAUCCCACUUUGGGACCUAUUCUUUUGAAGCAAACGUUUGUACAGGGCGGCAGAACUCUAAUUCAUCUAGGUGACUCUGACGUUGAAUAUGACGCAAAUUUUAAGCUCUAUAUUACGACUAAACUGGCCAAUCCUCAUUACCUACCUGAAGUUUGUAUUCAGGUGACCAUUGUUAACUUUACUGUAACUCCUUCAGGACUCGAGGAUCAACUUUUAGCGGAUGUUGUGAGGCUAGAAAGACCUGAAUUAGAGAAACAAAGGAAUGAACUUGUGGUGAAAAUCAACAGCGAUAAAGCUCAAUUGAAAGGAAUUGAAGAUAAAAUUUUGUAUCUUCUAUACCGUUCCGAAGGAAACAUUCUUGAUGAUGAAGAGCUUAUUGAGACUUUAAAUGAAAGCAAGGAAACUUCUGCCAUUAUAGAAGCCAGACUGAUGGAAACUGAAGCUACAGAAAAAAAAAUAUCAAUAACUCGCGAACGGUACCGAUCUGUAGCUACCAGAGGCUCGGUACUUUAUUUUGUUGUAGCUGAACUUGCAGAAAUAGAUCCUAUGUAUCAGUAUUCUUUAAAGUAUUUUAGUCAGGUUUUCAAUAAUGUAACAGUGACAGCCCCAAAAGAUCCAGUAUUAGAAAUCCGCUUACACACUUUGAUAGUUGACAGUACUUUAGCUGUUUACACCAUUAUAUCCAGAGGUUUAUUCGAGCGCCACAAGUUAGUGUUCAGUUUUAUGUUGUGCAUCGCCAUCAUGAGACAAGAAGGUGAGGUUACUGAUGCGCAAUGGAGUUUUUUGCUCAGAGGCGCAGUUGGCAGUAAAACUGAAGCCAAAAAGCCAGAUUUGGUAUUAAUUACCGAUGCCAUGUGGCAAGCAGCAAACUUCCUGGCAUUGGGCUACGAAGAAUUUGAACAUUUACCAUCAGAAAUUACCAAGGUUAUAACGAUUUCGAUAGGAGGUUUCACUUUGAUAAUCAAAAUGGCGCAUAAUGCGCAGGCUAGCAAGGUUGACUGGAAUCACAUACUGAGUGACUUUGAAAAAUUGUUGCUUAUCAAAACGAUGCAAGAAGAAAAGUUGGUAUUUGCCAUUACUGAGUUUGUCAAAGUGCAUUUAGGACAGCCUUUUAUUGAGAGUCCAGAGGUAUCCCUGAAUCUUUUGUACCAGGAUACUUCAAACGCAGUUCCCUUAAUAUUCGUAUUGAGCACUGGCUCAGAUCCUUUUGGAUCAUUUCAAAGAUUUGCAGCCGAGAUGGAAUACACUGAAAAAGUCAAAUCGAUUUCGUUGGGUCAAGGGCAAGGACCGGUAGCUGAAAAAUUAAUUCAAGAAGCUUUAGAAACCGGCGAUUGGGUAUUUUUACAGAAUUGUCACUUGGCGACAUCCUGGAUGCUUUCGCUUGAACGAAUUGUAUUGCAAAUAGCUGAAAGUGCCGCAAAGGUACACAAAGCUUUUAGAAUGUACAUGAGCUCGAUGCCGUCAAAGUCUUUUCCCGUAGCUGUGUUGCAAAAUUCUGUUAAGGUAACCAACGAACCACCUAGAGGUCUGAGGGCCAAUGUUAAGCGAGCAUUCACCGAUAUGAUGGAAGAUUUUUUUGAGCAGCAUCCCUUACAACUAAAAUGGAGAACUAUAUUAUUUGGCAUUUGUAUGUUCCAUGCAGUGGUACAAGAAAGAAAGAAAUUUGGUCCACUAGGUUGGAAUAUUAUUUAUGAAUUUAACGACAGCGAUCGAGAUUUUGCAUUUAACACGUUCAAAAUGUUUUGUGCUGACGGUUACAUACCCUGGGAUGCUUUGGAAUAUCUCACAGGCGAAAUAACUUAUGGCGGUAGAGUCACCGACUAUUGGGAUCUGCGAUGCCUCAAAACCAUUUUGAAAAUAUUUUUCGCACCUCAUACCUUGGCAAAGGACUAUAAGUAUUCUUCUUCUGGUACUUAUUACUGUCCGGAUUUUAGUAAACUUCAAGAGUAUCGCAACUUUAUUGAUAAAUAUCCUUUAAUUGAGGAACCUGAGAUAUUUGGUAUGCACGAAAAUGCAAAUAUAGCUUACCAGAUAAAAGAAACACACAUGGUCAUCAAAACAAUCAUGGAAAGUCAACCCAGAUCAGAGGUAGGCGGAGAAGGCAAAUCCAGCGACGAAAUCGUUUAUGAAUUGGCCGAACAUGUCAUGGAAGUGAUAAUAACCAAAAUUAACAUGGAGGAAGUAAACAUUAAUUUGUUUAAGAAAGAUGAUAAGGGUCGUUUACCAUCUUUAACAACUGUUCUAUCCCAAGAAAUCGAUCGAUAUAAUCAGCUAUUAAAACUCAUCCACUCCUCGAUGGAUCAGCUGAAGAAGGCUAUCAAAGGUUUGGUAGUGAUGUCCGAAGCUUUAGAAGACGUGUAUAAAGCUUUUAUGAAUAAUCAGGUACCAAAAAUGUGGUCUGCGAGAGCCUACAACUCGUUAAAGAGUUUAGGUAGUUGGGUUCGAGAUCUAACGUUAAGACUGGAUUUUAUAAGUAUAUGGGUUAGGUCAGGUCACCCGACCUCCUACUGGAUUUCCGGCUUUUAUUUUCCUCAAGGGUUUCUCACAGGAGCCUUGCAAACGCACGCCAGAAAAUAUAAUUUGCCUAUUGAUAAGCUGAAAUUUGAUUUUCUGAUUAAACAAGUGAACUUGGAUCAGGAAGAGAUUAAAGCCGUACAUGAUGCCGAAGGAAAAGAGGUUUACGACGUGUACCAUCCUCUGCAAUCCCCUGAAGAUGGAGUGUUGGUGCAUGGCCUCUUCUUGGAUGCUGGCCGUUGGGAUAUGAAAAAUAUGAGAUUAAUUGACCCAAAACCGGGUGAAAUCAAUCCAAGCUUUCCAGUAAUCCAUAUGUUACCAAAAACAGACAUGCCCGACGACGAUCCGCGAUACGUAUGCCCCCUCUACAAAACUUCAAUUAGGGCUGGGGUACUUUCUACGACCGGUCACAGUACCAAUUUUGUGAUCGCGGUACUUUUGCCCACAAUUCAGACACAGAACUUUUGGAUUUUAAAAGGGACCGCCAUGUUGACGCAAAUCACCGAUUAGAUAUUCGAAACUGUCUGUGAUAUAAUUAUGUUAGGAAUUAUAAGAUAAUAAAGGGUGUUUUUUUUA